GGCUGCUUGUUCAUUGGAAAACAAUAGAGACAGCACAACAGAGUUUGGCUAGUUUGUUGCUACAUUUUGUUUUUCGUUCUCAAUAAUUCUGGGGUACAGAGUCGAUGGGUCUGAGUUUCCGGACGUAGUACUGAUUGGGAUACAUUUGACAAAAGCGACAAUAUCAUAUUUGGUUACAUCCGUAACUUGCAAGGUAUUUAGCCACUAAAGUAGCUAGGAAUCGAAUAGUUUAGUGAACCACUGAUCAGCUGUUUCGAGUUUUUAAGUAACUUUGAGUUCAUUUCGUAGAGAGAGAUUUUUCUGUGUAAUUAUUCAGUUUCAUCAUUUGGCAAAAUGUUAGGACGAGGUGGUUGUUUCAUCCAUGUAACCAGCUGGCUGGGCAAUGGUUGUGUCGGUUUUAAAUAGCUAAGUUUGCUAGCUUGCCAGUUUACUCGCUUUCCAGAAUGAGACGAGAGUUGCUAGCUAACGUUAGCUUUUAAAAUUAGCUAGCGGUAGUUUUUACAUGUAACUAACGUUUAUAUAUGAAACCGAAGAGCUGAAAGUGUGAUUUCCCACAAAACAUGUUGUUGGUUGACUGAGAGAACUAUGUAGUUUUCUAGUUAACCUAGUCCGAGAACGUGGUACUUUUAGUGGUUUUAGUUGGCUAACUUCGAAACUUUAGGGGAAAGUUUAACCGGAGCUAGCUGGUCGUAUUUCAAUUGCUGAAUUUAUUAUUCCAUGGUGGAACUUUUCGUCAGGAUUGUUGUUAACAAACUAGGCGCAGAUUCUGUUGAAAUGAGCUAAUAUGUAGUGAAACGUUUCUCAAAUGUGUCUGUUCACAAUGUGAUGGAUGUUAACGAGAUUUUUUUUAUAUGGCCUUAUGACCACAGGUAGCAAGUUAGCUCGCUAAGUAAAUAGUCGAGAUUGUCGGCUACGUCUACCUUGCUGGUUAUCGAGUUAUAUUAUAAUGUUUAUGGGUUAUAACACCACACAUCGCUGGCGUAUGUUAACGUCACUUUUUUAUUUUACAUUAGCUUGUUCUGCAAAAAUCUGACAUUGAUUUGCAGCGUGGUUGGUCACUGUGUGUCUGAUUUUAUUAUGUGGUUCAUUAGAAUACCGGUAAUUGAGGCUAAAUAACGGGUAAAUUUACUGGUUUUCGUUGUAAUUUGGAGCGCAUUAGGGAAAUUGACAACAUGGAAGCGGUUCUGGAUUUGUAAAGGAAAGAGAGAACGCCCACGCAGAGAGGCGCAACUGUAGCAUUAUUUAUUUCAUCAGAACAACUGAAUUCCAAUCCCCAAAUAUAGACCUAACUCGAGGUUUAUAUGCUUAUUGAUGAUGGCGGACUUUGUUGCGCCGCGACACAGCGCGGUGAUGGAGCGACUCCGCCGGCGGAUCGAACUCUUCAGGCGGCACCACACCAGCUGCGAGACCCGAUACGACAACACAGCGAUGGACCGGUUGGAGUUGGACCAGCAGCAAACUUUCGCACUGCACCAGCGCUGCUUGCAGACCAAGGCCAAGCGUUCGAGCAAGCACAGACAGCCGCAGCCAGCGUCUGACCAGACGGGACUGAGAGCCACAGGCACCGGCGGCAGUGCCUCAGACCCCACCGACAGUGCAGCAGUAGAGAGCAGAAACAACAUUCGGAGCGCACUGUCGGAGUCUGUAAAGAGGAAGUUGGAGAGCUCUGGCUCGCCCCUCGGAGGGGGGCAGGUAAACGGUUUUCGGGACGGCUACCCCCCGCCCCCUAAGAAGCCCAGCCUGGAGGACGCCCUCGGCGGGGUGAACGGGACGGCUAACGGGGGCCUGCCGCCCCGCUCCCCGCGGGACACCAAGCACGGGCUGGGCCUGGAGGCCCUGGUGCCCAACGGGACGCGCGCGGAGCCCAACGGUCCGUCGCACCCCGACCGCCCGCGCAGCCAGGACGGGGACCCGCGGCUGAAGGACAUGAAGCAGGAGCCCGUGGAGGACAUCCUGCCCUGCAUGCUGCCCUCCGGGGGCAACAUGGCGAACAGCAGCCUCUUCCCCGACCUCAACCUGAACGAGCAGGAGUGGAAGGAGCUGAUGGAGGAGCUGAGCGGGUCGGGGGUGUACGAGGACAUGCAGGACAUCUUCAACGACGGCUUCGAGGACCGCAAGGACCCCGAGCUGGCCUCGGCCGGCCUGCAGGGCGGCGCUCUGCCCUCCGACCCCGUCAACGUGAAGGCCGAGUUCUCCCCGGCCCCGCCCGCCUUCGAGCAGGAGCCCCCGGCCGGCUCUCCCCAGGUCAGGCCCAUCUCCUCCGGGCCCCCGCUGGGCUGCGGCUCUCCCGCGGGGUCCUCCAGCGGCCCCGCCCAGUCCCCGGCCCUAUCCCAGCCUCCCCGGCUCCCGCAGGGCCUGCUCCUACCCGCCUCGUCCCCCAAAGACCUGUCUCCUGCUCAGCAGCUGCAGCAGAUGGCCGCACGGGAGCAGCAGAGGGCGCAGCUGAUGCAGACGCAGCCGCAGCUGGGGCAGAACCAGCUGACGCAAGCGCAGCUGGGGCAAAAGCAGCUAGCGCAAGCGCAGCUGGGGCAAAAGCAGCUAGCGCAGUCGCAGAUGGGGCAGAAGCAGCUGGCGCAGGCUCAGCUGGGGCAGAAGCAGCUGACGCAGGCACAGCUAGCGCAGUCGAAGCUGGGGCAGAAGCAGCUAGCGCAGGCACAGCUAGCGCAGGCUCAGCUGGGGCAGAAGCAGCUAGCGCAGUCGCAACUCGGGCAGCAGCAGCAGAUGGCGCAGUCGCAGCUGGGUCAAAAGCAGCUGACGCAGUCGCAGUUGGCGCAGCUAGCGCAGUCGCAGCUGGGGCAGAAGCAGCUAGCGCAGUCGCAGCUAGCCCAAUCGCAGCUAGCCCAAUCGCAGCUAGCCCAAUCACAGCUAGCGCAGUCGCAGCUAGCCCAGAAGCAGCUAGCGCAGUCGCAGCUCACCCAGGCCCAGCUCACCCAGGCCCAGAUGCAGAAGCAGAAGCAGCAGCAGCAGCAGCAGCAAGCGGCCAAAUUCCACGCCGCCAACGCCCCGUCGUCAUGGCCACAGGCCGCGCCCUCCCAGAGCCCGCUGGGCGGAGCCUACAGCCUGGAGAAGCCGUCCAGCCCCGCCCUGUACCAGCAGGACUUCCCCAACGCCAAGCCGCAGCUGCUGCUGCCCGCCCCGCCCAACAAGGGCUCCCCCAAAGCCGGGGCGGGCGCCUACAUGCAGCCAGGGGCGCACCCCAACAUGCUCGGCCACGCCCAGCCCAACGCGCUGGGCCAGAACGCCGCCGGGGGCCAGGCCUCCAUGCUGGACUACACCAACACCAAGCCCCUGUCCCACUACGACGGGGCCCAGCCGGGGCCCCAGGGGCCCGCGCAGAGCAAGGCCGCCCUCCUGUCCCUGAUUCGCCAGCAGCCCAUGAAGCAGAAGCCGGGUCUGCCCUUCCGCCCCCACCUGCCCCCCCACGCCCAGCAGGAGCAGAAUGCUUACACAGCUGGCGCCCACAUCCCGGGACCUCCUGCAACCAUGGCAACGCAGCCGCCCGGAAACCAUGGCAACGCGGCGUACAUGAACAGCCAGACGGCAGCGCUGAAGCAGAUGCAGACGCAGUUCCUCAUGGGCCAGAGACAGCACAUCAUGGCUGAACAGGAGAAACAGCGGCAGCAGCAGGAGCAGCAGCUGCAGAGGCACCUGACCCGCCCUCCCCCUCAGUAUCAGGACCAGCAGAACCCCCAGCAUCCCUUUCAGCAGCAGCAGCAGCAGCAGCAACAACAGCAGCAGCAGCAGCAACAACAGCAGCAGCAGGUUAACCAGUUUACAGGCUCCUCCCAGUCCCUGGCGGGCGUGGGCCUGCCUUGCGGCUCUGCCCCCGGGGGGCAGCGCAUGUUCUCUCAGGCGCAGAGCAUGAUGGGAAUGGGGGUGGCGCAGAGCGGAGGUCCGUCAGCCGGGGCGCCCCCUGCAGUCAGUCAGGCGGACAUGGCGCCCUACAGCAACAUGAGCCUCCACCCGCACCCUGCCCAAACCCAGCGGGCGCCCGGCGGUGCCAUGCCCGCAGCCUACAGGCAGAACCAGAACCUGCUGGCCCAGCAGCACCUCAAGGCCCAGCCCAACCCGGCCAUGCCCAACCCGGCCCUGCUCAAGCAGCAGCAGCAGCUGGCCCGCAUGCCCAACGCCAUGGCAGGCUCUCUGCCCAACACGCUGCCCAACGCUCUCCCCAACGCGCUGCCCGCCAGUGUGCCCAUGCAGGCCCAGCCCUGGCAGCAGCAGCAGCAGCAGCAGCAGCAUCCCAGCAUGCAACAGGCCAUGACCACGCAAGCGGUGGCUGGGAACGGGGGCCUCCAGGUGUUCGGGAACGCCAACUUCCACGCCCAGGCGCGCCUCCCCAAAUUGCCCGGCUCCACAGCCUUUCCCCAGGCAGCCCUGAGCAGCGGCCGGCCCCAGAUGAUGGCAGCGCACCCCCAGCAAAGGACCAACCCCGCCCUGGCCCCCCAGCCACACCCUCAGCCCCUAGCCCCUCCCCCCCAGCAGCAGGGUCAGCCCCUAGCCCCUCCUCCCUCGCAGCAGGGGCAGCAGGUGUUGUCGGGCGUCAACCUGCCUGACCUCGGCGCCUUCGGCCAAUCGCAGAGCAGCCAGAUGACCAACCGCACCGGCAUGCAGUGCAACCAGGGCUACCCCGUGAACAGGACAGCCAAUCAGGAGCUUCCGUUCGGCUACGGCGGCCAAUCGGGGAACGGUUUGGCCAGCUUCCCUGUGGAUAGCGACCUCAUGGAAACGUUUCUGAAGAACCAGACCGCGCAGGACUGGAUGGAUGACCUGGACGAGCUCCUGGCCAAUCACCAGUGAGGGCAACGUGUCUCCAGUGAGGGUUAAUUGUUUACCGGCCAAUCGCUGAUGGUGUAAGUGGAGUCACCGACGAAUCGCCACCGAGUACUGUUGGGUCAUCGGCCAAUGGGCACUGAGUUGGACAGUAUGUCUGUUACAUUUGUGUGCGAGUUGUUUUGUAACGUGUGACGCUCGUACACUGGACCAAAAGCCCGUGGUCUGACGUGUUCUCCGGGCUGAAAGUGUAAAGAUGAAUAUUCUACUACUGAACCUGUGGCUCAGAUUUAAACCACUGAUUCCAGUCACAGCACAUGGAUGAGCAGAUAUCUCACGGCUUUUAUCCUGCAGUCCAGGGGUGACCAGUCCUAUCCGAAAAGGGACGGUGUGGGUGCAGGUUUCGCCAUGACAACCGAUUUAACUAAUCCUGGUCUUCAGUCAGGACAUUGGUCAUUAGAAUCAGAUGUCUUGGUGCUGGGCUAAAACAUUACAUUCGUUUUUUAGCUCACGAUUUUAUCCAAAACGACUUGCAGUUGAUUAGACUAAGCAGGGGACAAUCCCCCUUGGGGCAAUGGAGGGUUAAGGGCCUUGCUCAAGGGCCUGACAGCUGUACAGAUAUCUCCGGUGGCUUGAACCAGUAAUCUUCUGGCUCCCAGCCAUGUGCCUUAGCCACUAGGCUACAGGCAGCCCCUCCGCCCACACCAGCCCUUUUUGGGUAAGAUUGGACACUCCUGCUGUAAUCUGACAUAUGGAGCUGGGGCGGGGGGAGGAGGUCGGAGCAUUUGGCCAAUUUCUGAGCUUCUCGCGCAGCUCAAGGUGGUGGCAACCAGAAUUCAGUGUAGAUGUCAGGCUAUGAAGUCCGUCUGAACAGCUGGCGCGAAGGAGGGGGGAUGCGUGCUAUUGCGACUAUCCACUCACUCCCCGCGUGGGCCGUAUCCACGCACGCCCUUACAGCCUGCGUGACGUCCUCUGGAAGUCAUCGCAAAUGUGUUACUCAGACCUCCUCCCCCAGGCUCCUCCUGGUUGAAUCGAGUCCCCAGCCCUCGCCUGACCCCGCCUCCGCCUCAGCGGACGAGCUCGCCCGCACGUUGCAUUC